AUGUUGGACGUGAUGUUAUCUAGGUUAUGUUAUUAUUAUUUUAGUCUUCUGAAACUCUGAAACACUCUGAAAAAAAGUGUGCAAAACCUGUGAUAAGUACUUAACUUUAUCAUUUUUCAAUCCUAGUUCCUUAUUCUCAAUUAACAAUGUCUGAUUUGUUUAGCUUUAGCUCUGAUUCCUCCCCGUCCGACAAGGAUGGAGGAGGCGGGGGUGAUAAGGAACUUCAAGAAUUCUUAGUCAUAGAGAAGCAGCGAGCACAAUUCAAUGCGCAGAUCCACGAGUUCAAUGAAAUCUGUUGGGACAAGUGUGUCGAAAAACCCUCAAACAAACUAGACAGCAAGACUGAAACGUGCUUAUCAAAUUGUGUGGAUAGAUUUAUCGAUGUUUCUCUUCUAGUUACCCAACGGUUUACUCAGUUACUGUCUAAAAAUGCAGGUGGUUUCAAUUGAUCUAUUUCACGUACUAUCCAAAUCUAGAUCCUUACCUAAUUCCAAUAGAUUUUUGAUACCUUUCUGUUUUGUUUUGUACAAUAAGUAAUGGAAGAUUAUGUUAUCAUUUUCAUUAUAUCUCAUAGUUGUUGAAUACAUUUUUCAUAAAAUAUGAAAAUUAUUCUAGUUUUUUGUUCAUUAACUCUGUAAGAUUACUUUUGGUAAUUUUUUUUUUUUUGGGGGGGGGGGAGAAGUUGAUUGUAGAGAACCACUAAAGCUGUUGUGCACCAAACUUUCUAGAAAUGAACUAUUCACAUCGGUGCAGCAAUGACCUUUAAAGCUAGUUGUUUAUACGAACAAGUUUCGAGAGGAGAAGCUUAUAUAUGUUCAUGAAAUAGAUUCCCUGCACAAAACUCUGCUUUGUAAAGAGUCAGAAACGUUUUUAUUAAUCCAUUUGCAUUUAAAAAAUUAUAUUUAGUGUCUUGCUGUCAUAAGUUUUAGUAACAUUUUUUCCCCCUCUAUUCAAAAUGAAUUGAAAAAAAAAUACAAUUUAAAUAAAAAAUUAGGUAAA